AGUACGAAAUGACUGUGCGGUACCAUAUAAAAGCCCAGUGUUGGCCAGCAUUUAUCAUUCACAGUUCAUUGUGCAACUAACAAACAUAAAAUGGCAGCUAAGUUCGUAGUACUCGCUUUCUUGGUCGCGGCUGCUCAAGCCAGCGGCAUCCAUGGAGACUACAGCAGCUUCUCCUACGGAGUCCACGACCCCCACACCGGUGACGUUAAGAGCCAGCACGAGACCCGCAUCGGCGACAGCGUUGUAGGACAGUACUCGCUUUUGGACUCUGAUGGUUCCAAGCGCACUGUCGACUACGCCGCUGACGGUCACUCUGGAUUCAACGCCAUCGUCCGCAAAGACCCCGCCCUGGUCGCCCACGCCGCCGUCGUCCCCGUCGCCCAUAGCGCGGUUGUCGCUCCGGUCGCACACAGCGUUGUUGCCCCCGUCGCCCACAGCUCGGUCGUUUCCCACGGCUCUGUUGUUGCCCACGGUGGAGUAGCUCCCGUUGCUUACGCCGCUCACGGUGCCGUCGCCGCUCCUCUUGCCUAUGGCGCUCACGGAUACGCUCAUGGUGCUGUCGCCGCUCCCCUCGCCUAUGGCGCUCACGGAUACGCUCAUGGUGCCGUCGCUGCUCCCCUAGCCUAUGGUGCUCAUGGAUACGCUCACGGUGCCGUCGCCGCCGCUCCCCUCGCCUACGCCAGCUAUGCCGCUCCCCUGGCUCAUGCUGCCUACGGAGCUCAUGGUGUGUACGGUGGACACCUCGGAUACUCCAAAUACUACUAGAUAAUAAAUUAUAAAGAAAUUCUGCUAAACGAUGAAAUGAACUGUGAUUAAAUAAAAUUGUAUUUACGAAACUAA